UCCCUCCGUCGCGUCCUCCCCCUUUUAUUCACUCUUCCCUCCCCCUCUUUCGCCGUCCGUACACACUGCCCCUUUCUCUGAUUCUCUCUCUACUUUCCGGUUUCCCUUCUUUCUCUCUCUAAAUUCGUCUCUCUCUCUCUCCUCCAAAUUUUACCACUCCCGCCGAUCUAGGGUUUAAGCUUCUCUCCUCUCUCCAAUGGCUUCCUCCAAACCCUAGCCGAUAAAGUUUCUUGAUUAUUUUCCACAUUUCUUUUUCGUCUUUCUUUCUUCUUGCUUUGAUUGUUUCUUCUAUUUGGCGGCGAAUGGAUGGGAUUUCCAAUGGCGGCGACGUGCAGUCGAGCGGCGGCGAAGGGAGUCAGCCGGCGGUUGCUGCUGUUCCGGCGCCGAUUCAGAACGCGAACGCGCCGCCGCCUUUCUUGAGCAAGACGUACGACAUGGUGGACGACCCGGCGACCGACCCGGUCGUGUCGUGGAGCCCUACGAACAACAGCUUCGUGGUGUGGAACCCGCCGGAGUUCGCCAGGGACCUCUUGCCCAAAUACUUUAAGCACAACAAUUUCUCGAGCUUCGUUAGGCAGUUGAACACCUAUGGUUUUAGGAAGGUUGAUCCAGAUCGCUGGGAAUUUGCAAAUGAAGGAUUUUUGAGGGGUCAAAAACAUCUUCUUAGGAGUAUCAACAGGCGGAAACCUGCCCAUGGACACAGCCAUCAACAGCCACAGUCAUCACAUUCACAGAGUUCUGUUGGGCCAUGCGUAGAGGUUGGGAAGUUCGGUCUUGAAGAAGAGGUUGAGAGGCUUAAAAGAGACAAAAAUGUUCUUAUGCAGGAACUUGUUAGGCUAAGGCAGCAGCAGCAGACUACUGAUAACCAGCUGCAAGCCAUGGUGCAGCGGCUUCAAGGGAUGGAGCAGCGGCAGCAGCAGAUGAUGUCAUUUCUUGCAAAGGCUGUGCAGAGCCCUGGUUUCUUGGCUCAGUUUGUGCAGCAGCAAAAUGAGAGCAAUAGGCGCAUAACUGAAGCAAACAAGAAACGGAGACUGAAGCAGGAUGGUAUUGCUGAGAGUGAGAUUUCUGCUGCUUCUGAUGGACAGAUUGUCAAGUAUCAGCCUAUGAUGAAUGAGGCCGCCGCAAAGGCAAUGCUCAGGCAGAUUAUGAAAGCAGAGGCUUCUUCCGGGUUGGACUCUUAUAAGAACAAUCCAGAUGGUUUCCUGAUUGGUGAUGGUUCAUCGUCAUCCACUUCAGUAGAGAAUAGAAGCCCCUCUAGUCGUGUAUCAGGAGUGAGGCUUCAAGAAGUACUGCCAACUUCAGGGCAAAGGUCUUGUGUUUCAGCGUCUUCAGGAAUCUCAAUCCCCGCCGCUGCCAUAUCUGAAAUACAAUCUGCCCCAGAGUCUUUGACUUCUGAAAAAGUUACAACAGCUCCAUUCCCAGAUGUGAGUGUGCUGGUUGGGGCACAAGAGGGACCAACAAUUCCUAUUUCUCGGGGAGAUGUUGUAAUGCCGGAGCUGUCUCAAUUAUCCGAAAUGGUGCCUGAAGGAAUACUUAGCAGUCCCGAAGACAAUUUCAUGGUCACCGAGUCGGAUGAUGGAUUGUUUGAUCCAACAUCAUUCGGAGUGAAUGGGUCGAUUCCUCUAGAUAUAGAUAUUGAUAGCAUCCCUGCUGAUCAUGACAUCGAUGAAUUGCUAAAGGAUUCUGCCUUCUUAGAUGAACUCCUUGUUCAGAGCCCGGCACCAGAGCAAUCAUCUCCAGAUGGAACUUCAAAGGAAAUUGAGGUACAACAAAAAGAGAAUGGAUGGAGCAAGACUCAGCACAUGGACAAGCUUACUGAGCAAAUGGGGCUUCUUGUAUCGGAUGCUAAAGGGGUUUGAUCUUGUUUAACAAAUGUACAUUACGCACACCUUUCGAGGUAAACCCCGAAGAUAUUCCGUUAAUCAUCUUAAUUAUAUGGUUAUCUUCUUUGGCCAUUGAAAUAGUGCCUUGUUUGCCGGUGUAACUUGACUUUUGCUUGCACAUAUGGGGAACCAAACUUUAGAUC